AUGUCACCGGAUCCUCUGGGUCAACUACGUCCGCCGAUAUAUCUAUCAGCGCUUUCGUAUGCUUCUGACCCCUUCACCCUGCCAAUUCAUUUACUGCUCCCCCACUCUGAACUCCGAAUGGACAGCGUCGCCGUUUAUCCAUCCCCGCACUACAUAUGUGGGCCAGAUCGAGAUCAGAAAGCACUGUGGCUUAGAAAGCUAGCAUCAGUGGCGUCUUAUCAUCCUUGGUGCCAGCCAUAUUUGCUACUUACCUUGGACACGCAGCGAAAGCUAAUGUUCGUCACUCCGACUACUAUUAUCGCGCCAUACGAUAUCAAACAAGCCCUUAAUCCCCGUUGUCCUUACGAAGCGUCUGUCACGGGAAGCCCUCCCUUCCUAAAAUUUGAGGGUGACCUUCGGACCCUGGCGCUUCGACGGCCAACUCAAACAACCACGCGCUUUCUGACACGAUAUCUACGCGUGUUGGCAGAGACGAUCAUUUAUCUGCUCAUCAUGAGCCUUACGAUUGCACUGCUUAUCACGAUCACCUGCUUUUUUGUUCCUGAUCUUGCAGGCUGACUACGUUACGACUGUAAUCGAUGCUUAUGCACGGUGAGAUCCAAGUCGUGGCGAGUUAGAAUCGUACCAGGGCUCCGUCAGAUGCCUGCGAGGUUUCGACGA